AUGAAAUCGUCUUGCCCCUUUUGCAGCAAGCGGUACAGCUCCUCCGCGAACUUCGAUAAACAUCUUCGAACUACACAUCCAUUUGAAGCAGAUGAAUGGCUGGGAAACCAAUUUUUACUCCUGGAGCGCGAUCAAGAGGCACCCGAUGACACUCACGACAGCCCGGAAGGCAUUCACGAUUCCUAUUCAGAUGCCCAUGACGACUCGGAUAGUUCGGAGAGCAACAGUAUCAAUUAUCAUGACCAAGAUCCCGAUAAUAAUUCAGAUCUGGAAUCCGAAUCAUAUUUUAUGAUGGAAGAGACAGAUGGAGAUCCAAAUAGGCAUGAGGCAGCGACAACGAUUUACGAAGGUGCUGGGGAGCGUCUCUACCGCUCGGAGGACUACGACGAAUGCUCACAAAACCUUCUCCGAUACCCGUGGCACCUAUUCAACUCAGCAUACGAGUUUAGAAUGGCACGUUAUUUCAUACUGUCGAAGGCCUCACAAGGAAAUAUCGACAGUUUCUUUCUACACGCUCCGUCAAGUAGUUGCGAAUGCUCCUACAGGACUGGGCGAGGUUUUAUAAAGAGGUUGGACGAAAUGAAUGACAUAUUGGGAAAGGCGAGCUGGCAUCAUUCGGAGGUGGAUAUUGGGGGAGAGAAAAUCCCUUACUAUUACCGGGAUCCAAUGGUAAUUGUGCGAUAUCUUCUAGGCCAACGGGCGUUUCGGGAGUCAUUGGUGUACGCGCCAGUGGUAGAGCAUAAUGAAUCUGGCGAGAGAAUGUACGGGGAAAUGCAUACGGGAGAUUGGUGGUGGGAGACGCACGUCUGUGGGGACAAGAAAGCCUGGCCAAUCUAUCUUACCAUCGGGAACAUCAAGUCAUCGGUCCGGAGCAAGCCCACCGGGCAUUCGUUAAUUCUCCUAGGGCUACUGCCAGUCCCACCUAAGCUCGGGAAGAACUCACUCGCUAAUUCCGCUUUACGACGUCAGAGUCAAAUGGCGCUGCAUCGCGCCCUUGGGGAGAUCUUUCAGAGCAUUCGGGAGUGCUCUCAGGAAGGCGAGCUAAUCGCAUGCGCCUACGGGUACGAACGUCUAUGCUUUCCGGUGUUGUCGGGUUGGAUCGCUGAUCAACCUGAGCAUUCAAACUUACAAAAUAUUAGUACUAGCUCUUGUCCAAGAUGCGAGGUGGAAUUCCACAGUCUUGGGAGCACUCGCCGGAGCCCUACGCGCGAUCACGAGGAUUACCGGGAGAGGGUAAAGCUAUUCAGGGAGAACCCGGGAAACCUGGGACCGGUGGAAUACCUUGUCGCGAGAUCAGUAAAGACACUCUUCAAUGCUUUCUGGGGUAUGCCGAGGGUUAAUCUAUACGAUCUCAACAAACCGGAUAUUCUGCACAAUAUCUACCUAGGGAUGUUGAAGCACAUGAUGGAGUGGGUUCAGGCUUUCUUGAAGAAGCACAAUCGAUUGGAGGAAUUUGACAAGGCUUGGGCCUCGAUUGCGCCUUACCCUGGACUGGCAGUACCGAACAAGGCAUAUCGUGCCACAACCCAAUGGCAAGGGAAGGAGAUGAGAAAUUUGGGGCGGGUCGUUCUUGGAGCACUCGCGGCUGCUUUGAGAAACCCGGGGGUGGCUGUCAGGGGCGACUUCGCAAAGGCAUUGAAAUGUGUACGAGGCUUAAUCGACUUCCACUUAAUGGCGCAGUAUGGGAGUCAUACGACGAGCACACUGAAUUAUAUGGAGAGCUAUCUCGAGGAUUUCCAUAAGCCCAAGGAUAUCUUUUUAGAAUUCCGGGCGUACAAGAGGACGGUUAAGGAUGCGAGAGAUCGGACAAAAGCUGUGAAGACCUCAGGCUCCCAGAGCGCUCAGCGAGGUUUGGAGGAGAUUCGCGAGAUACGGGAAAGGUCUCACUUCAACUUCAUCAAAUUGCAGGUAUUAACGCACUAUUGGGAACAUGUCGAGCGCUUUGGGAGCAUUCCCCAGUACUCCACCGACAUCAGCGAACUCGCCCAUGUACGUCAGAUAAAAGAGGCAUACGGAGCAUCCAACAAGGUCGAUGCUGCAACGCAGAUACUGGACUAUGGGGGGCGGCGGUUGGCGUUAGAGAUUCGAAUUCUGAAUCUGAAAGACAUUGUUGGAGGUCCUGAGAGCACUGACGACAUCCUUUGGAGCCAUCGAGAUAACCUGAAGGAGUUACUUGAGAUUUUUAAAAUCGAAGACCGGAAAAAAAACACCAAAUGA